AUGGCAUUGAUUCCUCACGCAUCCUCCAGCUCGUCCUUCCAUCCGGGGCAGCAGAGCCCCUCGCCUCGAUCGGUAUUCUCCCGAGCGCGAACAGUACGCUCCCACGUCAAUUCAUCGUGCCAAAACCCCGUGGCAGAUUCGCUAAACUUAUCAUCAUUUAGAUUCCAGACUGGCGCCAAAAUCCGAGUCACUAAUCUCCACUACGAUUUAACAGAGGAUGAUCUCGAGGAUCUUUUUACCCGAAUCGGACCUAUCAGUGCACUUUCACUCCUAUACGAUCGUGCUGGUCGUUCAGAGGGUGUUGCAUUCGUAACAUAUAAGCGAUUAGUCGAUGCUCAAACCGCCAUCCGUGAAUUCGACGGCGCGAACGCUAAAGGUCAACCGAUCACCCUCACAUUGAUGUCCUCCGGCUCCUCAGAAAGACCAACUGGACGUAAUCCGUUUGAUUUCGCUGAAAAGCCAAAGGGUAGCCUAUUUGACCGGACCGAGAAACCACGCGCCAGAGAUAUCCGUAGUGUCAGUCCCGAAGAGAGCGAAGAACUUGAUGGUACCACAGGCCGUGGUGGACGAACCCGCAGAAGCGACGUGUCGAAGCCUCCACCAGAACACAUUGAUCGCUAUAUUCCGGGCCAGCGAUCGCCAAGGCGGAGGGGUGAUGGUGGACGGAGUAGGGGUUCUCGUAGGCCUGGAGAGUUCAGGGAUAGUCAGGAGCGAAACGGUAGUCCGGCGGGGGGCUUAGGGCGACAGGGAGAGAAUAGAAGGCCUAGAAAGACGCAUGAGGAAUUGGAUCAGGAGAUGGAUGAUUACUGGAAGGCCACUAGUGCACAGCCGAAUAAUGCCAAUGGCAACGUAACUGGUGCUGUUGCCGCUGAACCUGCUCCCCCGGCUAUGGAUAAUGACAUUGACAUGAUUGAGUAG